UUGAUAGGGAUGAUGGGAUACGUAAACAUAUGCUUGCUUGUCGGCGUUUGUGGGGUUUAGGAAGCCACUCUACUAACAUCAGCAAAUUGCGACUAUUUCUGCAAGCAACAAUAAUGAGUAAACGAAAAGGACCUGAAUCGGGAAACCUUAAUGCUGAAUUUUCGGACUUUUUAAUGGAACUUGCUAACUAUGAGAAGAAUGUGAACCGAGCCAUGCACAAGUACAAUGCAUACCGGAAGGCAGCAGGUGCCAUUGCAAAACAUACUUCAAGGAUAACAAGUGGAGCUGAGGCCAAGAAACUGGAUGGAGUUGGAAUUCAGAUUGCCAAGAAGAUUGAUGAAUUUAUUGCAACAGGCAAACUCCAAAAGCUUGAAAAGAUUCGUGCCAGUGACACAAAUACAGCCAUUAAUGAACUGACAAAGGUCAACGGCAUCGGACCUGCUGCAGCACAGAAGUUUGUACAGGAAGGAAUCAUGUCAGUUGAAGAUCUGAGAAAAAAUUUGGACAAACUGAAUAAUUCACAGAAAAUAGGAGUGAAGCAUUUUGAAGAUUUUGAAAAGAGAAUUCCCCGAGAAGAGAUGGUGAUACUACAGAAUACUUCUGUUGGGGAGAUCAAGAAACUUGACAGCGAAUACACAGCUAAAGUGUGUGGCAGCUUCAGAAGAGGUGCUGCCUCUAGUGGGGAUAUAGAUAUUCUCCUCACUCACCCCAGCUAUAUCAGUGGCAGUAAAAAAAUGCCUGACCUGCUGCAUAAAGUUGUGAAAUGUUUGGAGGCCAUCAACUUUGUAACUGAUACCAUCUCCCUGGGGGAUUCAAAGUUCAUGGGUGUCUGUAUCAAACCCAAGGAAAAAGAUGAUACAGAGGAGAGGAGCUUCAGAAGAAUAGAUAUCAGGUUGAUACCCCAUGACCAGUACUUCUGUGCCUUGCUGUACUUCACCGGCUCUGAUGUCUUCAACAAGAACAUAAGACAACAUGCGCUGGACGAUGGCUUCACGCUCAAUGAGUACUGUAUACGCCCUGUAGGCAGCACGGGCACGCCUGGUGAACCACUUCCUGUAACAUGUGAAGAAGACGUCUUUGACUAUGUGGGCAUGAAAUACAAGGUUCCCAAGGACAGGAACAUGUAGAUGACAACCCAUUGGAGCUCCCUUUUUUGUGGAAUUUGUUGAUAUCAGGGACAUCUGUGUACUUCUUCCAGCCAUCGAACAUGGUACCAUGAAAA